AUGCGAUCUUCUGGUGCUGGGGGUGCAAAUGUAAAUGCAAAUUCUACAGCUGUCAGAUUAACACACAUUCCAACGGGUUUAAUUUUCAAUUUAAAAAUUAGAAAAAAAUUUAAUUUUGAAGGUAUUAGUGUAAAGGCUCAGGAUGAACGGUAUUUACAAGUUAAUGAAAAGAUAGCCCAUAAAAGAUUAUCCGCAAUUCUGUUAAAACGCCAAAUUGACCAAAUUAAUAGUAAAUAUUCUGGAACUAGAAAAUUACAAGUUGGGUCUUCAGAACGCUCAGAAAAAAUUCGGACAUUUAAUUAUAAAGAUAAUCGAGUUGUUGACCACAGAUUAAAGCAUUCAAUAAGCGGUGUUCAUGAAUUUUUAGAAGGUGGAGAAAAACUGGAAGAAAUGGUGGAAAUGUUGAUGGAAAUGGCUUUGGAAGAGGAACUAGAAGAAGAGGAAAAUGAACAAAAAAUGAAUAGGUUUAUUUAG